AUGAGUAGAAAGAUUUUGAUAUAGCUGUAUUCUCAAAGAGACUCUCCUCACCUCUUCGUCAAUAGAAGCAAGUCUGCUGAUUGCGAUAGAGAGGAGAAUUUAGUUCAUUAUACCUACAUCAAUCCGCGGAUAAUUAAGUAUAUUUUGCAAGAAGAAACAGAGAGAUAAGAUAACAGUUAAGAACAUGAGAGAAGCAUAGCAAAUAAUUAGUCAAAGCACGACUAAUUCAAUAGCGAUGAAUUAAACAGGGAUAAGUCUAUUUCUGAUAAUCUUUCUUCCUCUCCCAUGUAGUAAAAACCACUUAAAGAGAAGAAACUGAAAUUCAAAAACCUAAACUUUAAUCCAAGUGUAAACACAAACGCUGAUUCUAAUUAUAGUCUCGAAAAUAAUCAAGAAACACAAGUUUCUCAAAACAUUUAGUCUUCUUAGCAAAACUUAUAGGUAUAUCAACAACACUUCAAGGAUAGCAAUUAUUCAUAUCAAUCCUAACACAGCAGUGAAAGUGUUGCUUCCAAUUUGAAUACAACCAUAAAAUCUACAAGUUUAAACCUAGAUGAACCAUCUUACUGUGAUUUCAAAAAGGAAGAAAAUGACUCAAAAAGACUAUAGGAGGAGUACUAAAAAAACAAAUUCUAAACAUUCGAAAAUGAAAUAAAAAAUAAUUUAAUUAAAUUCUCUACUAAUCGCUAUUAUAAAUUUAUUCUUUAGAAUGUGCUUGAAUCAGAUUUAAUAUUUAGAGAUUGUGAAUAAGUAGAGUAAAUUUAUUUUAGCAGAUUCGGUUAAAAGAUUAUUAGGGAGUAUUUAAAUAUACUCGAAGGUGAAGAUUUAGUUCAACUGCUUAAAGUAAUCAACACAAAGUUAUUAGAUCCAUUUGAAUUUAGUGAACAAAAAAUUGAUUUUCUGAGCAAUAAUUUGCUAAGCAAAAAAUACCUUUGUGGCGAGCAAUAUGGAUGUCUAAUUGUAAAUUACAUAGUAGAGCAGUAUUCCUAGAAUCAAUUCAAAGAAAGCACUCAAUUGAUUAAACAAGAAAUUAUUUUAUAAAAGAUUCACCAAAUAAUAAUGAGGAUAGUAAAAAAAGCUCAUCAAUUGUCGUAGCAUUAUUACUCAAACUAUGUGAUACAGCUUAUUUUGGAAAAAUUACCCAAUGAUUGCGAAAUAAAUUAAUAGUUGAAUAGAGCACUUCUUCCUUACUUCAUUGAUUUAAGCACUAACAAAUUUGGAAGCAAUGUGGUUGAAAAGGCUAUUAGAUUUGGUGAUGAUUAUUUUAGAGAAGAGAUUUGGAAGAUUAUCAGUUACUAAAGUGAAGAUGGCUAAUUUAUUAACUUAGAGAUACUAGUUAAUGAUCAAUUUGCAAAUUAUGUGAUUUAAAGAUAUUACGAGCACUGUAAUUCAUAUACUAUAAAAUAAUAAUUUGAGGAAAUACUUCACAUACUUAACAAUUAAAGUAGGCUUCAGCAAUACGGCUAACAUGUAAGAAUGUAAAUAUUUGAUAAAAACAAACCAGAAUCAAAAGUCCAUCACCUUUAGCAGAAAGAUUAUAAUAGUUCUAACAUUAAUAGAAGUUACUAUUCAUAAAAUACUAAGAUUGGUAAUACCAGUAGCUUAAAUAAUAAUUUCAGUAACACAAUUUCUCAAAAAAGAUACAAUUAUUCCAGAAAUGGAAGCAUAGUAAGUAAUGAGAGUGGUGGCUUAGAGUCAGUGAGCAGUAGAAAAAGCAGCUCUAAUAUUCCUACUCAUCUGAUAGAUCAGUCCAAUCAAAGCAAUUUGGUAUAAACUAUACCAUCUUAGCAGUCUGCUUAAUAAUUUAUGCCACCUAAUGAUUAAAAUAUAAUAGGGUAUGGGAAUAAUAACUAUUAAAAAAAUUACAGCUUAGGUGUCAAUCCUCCUAAAAACCAAUUUAAUAAUCAAUAUUUUAACUAAAAUGGAGGUAUCCAUCCAUUUAGCUAUAGCUAAAAUGUAAAUUAAAAAGCUUAGCACUUUAGCAAUACUUUUCAGCAAACUCAAUUCUAAUAAAGUAAUGCUUGCACUUCAUAUCCUUUAGAAAAUCCGUACUAAAAAACUCAAAAUCAGAAUUAACUCUUCAAUUAAAGUCACCCAAAUUAUUUCAAUAGCCAAAAGAAUCAGUUUAAACCAAAGUUAACUAUGUAAGGAGGCAGUUACAAAGGAGUCGGACAGAAGAUCAUUACAAAUAAUUUCUAAUAAAUGAACGAAGGGUAUCAAGUAAAUUAUAGUAAUUAUCAGAAUAUCUAAAAUAUUAAUAAUGUCUAAGGCAGAGAUUAGAAAUUAUCAGCUGAAAAUAAUAGAAAAAUGCUAAAUUAAAAUUAUGGCAAUACAAACUAAUUAGAUUUAAAAUUAUCUAUCGACGACUAAAUAAACAAAUCUGAAGGCUAGCAGAAAUAUUUUUAAGAGAACCUUAAUUAAGAUCAAGAGAGUUAUCAGUGA